CAAACAUCUGAAGAGAAGAAGCGACGCCAGAGGAAGCCGGGACUGACUGUACGGACGUAGUACCCGUGUCAGCCUCGUAUGAUAUGGCUAGGCCCAGCUGUUCCUGACAAAGUACGCGUCCAGGAUUCAAACUCAGUCAUUUUCUCCCCAUAAGGAAGCAGUAGAUAUCCUGCUUUCACGCACUCUGUUCCCAGGAUGUAUGCCCGACGUACCCGUCCCCGUCCCCGCGCCCCCAGGCGCCUGCUCCAACCCCGUACCGUCCUCCUCUUCCUCGCUGCAUUCCUCCUCCUCGACAGCUUCCUCAUCAUAAACUCCGUCCCCACACCGCACCGGGUCUCUCUCUCGGAUUUCGCUCCACUAGGCGACGAGAAAAUCCUCCUUGCCGCCAUCUUCCGGAAUUCAGAGUACAUGCUCCGGCUGUACUGGAUGCCGGCCCUCCUCGUCCUGGUCCAAGAUCUCGGAGUCCACAAUAUAUUCGUCUCGAUUAUCGAGUCUGGCUCUCAGGACGGCACGAAAGACGCUUUGAAUGAGCUGAAGUUCGAAUUGGAGAAGCUAGGGGUAGGGAAUAGGAUUGUGUUGGGUCAAGAUGCGUCCGCGCAGGUCGAAGAACUGGAGAGUAUUCCAGCGGAGGGGAGGAGGCAGGGCUGGAUCUUUACGGGAAGGGGGCCAGAGGGGUGGGAGAAGAGACGGAUUCCAUUUUUGAGCGAGCAGAGGAAUCGUGCGAUGGAGCCGCUCAUGGAAUUGCAGCCGAAUAUUAGGUUUGAGAAGGUGUUGUGGAUUAACGAUGUUGUGUUUACUACCGAAGACGUAACCACCCUCCUCUCCACCAACAACGGCCACUACGCCGCGGCCUGCGCCCUCGACUUCUCCAAGUCCCCCAACACCUACUACGACACCUUCGCGCUGCGUGACUCCCUAGGCCACAAGACCGCCACAGACUCCUGGCCCUACUUCUUUACGUCGGAUUCCCUCUCCGCCAUACGCGCCGGCAGCGCCGUCCCCGUCCGCAGCUGCUGGAACGGCAUGGUGGUCUUGGACGCGGCGCCCUUCUAUGAGGGGCUCCGGUUCCGCGGGGUCGACGACGCGCUGGCGCGCCACCACGUCGAGGCCAGCGAGUGCUGUCUCAUCCACGCGGAUGCGCGGCGGCGCGGCGCGGCCGAGGCUGGCGUCUGGCUGAACCCGGACGUCAGGGUCGCGUACAACAAGACGACGUACGAUGUGGUGAAUGCGGGGACCGAGGGUGGGCGGACGCCCUGGCCGACGAAGAUGCAGGCGUGGGUUGGGGUGUGGGCGAAUCGGCGGGCGAGGUGGGCGGGCUGGGCGAGGCGGUGGAGCGAGGAGCGGGUGGUAAAGCGGAGGGUUGAGAGGUGGGUUAGGGAGGGCCGCGAGGUGAGGCAUGGAAGGCAGGAGGGCGGGGUGGAGUGUCUGGUUAAUGAGAUGCAGGUCCUGUUCCAGAAUGGGUGGCAGCAUGUGUGAGUUGUAUUGUCUCGUUAUGUUAGCUGGAGUUGGAUGGCGAGGGAUGGCGAAGGGAAAAGUCGGGAGGGUCAAGGUGUAUAGUACAUCUUACAUGUCAUUUCAUUUCAUAUCGUUCCAUUCCAUUUCAUUUCGUCUCAUAGCAUAGCAAAAGCUAGCGCCCUCCUCUCCUUACUCCCGCCCCUAUCAUCAGAUCCCUACACUUGCCUCACCUGAGGCACUCCUUACUUUUCCUUUCCUAUUCUCACCAGCUAGGUAGGUAACUACAAUAUACACAACCACCCAGUUCCAGAUCUAUCAACUAGGUACUUAGACCUCUCUACUUGAAAGGCUA